CUGAUGCCAUUUGUGCCAAAGAUCAUCCACCGUUCAUUUAUGCUUGAAGAAAUCCUCCGCUUCUUCUUCCCAAACCCUCGCCGGCUCGCACACACCAGUCUCUGCUCGUCGCUUCAGUUCUUCCCAAUUUAAUUUUCAAGAAAGGAUGGAAACUUCACCGUCGUCAACUUCGCGGCCGCCUUCUUUGGCAGAUCCUGCAAAGCUUUUUAUAGGAGGAAUCACGAAAGAGUUGGAGGAGGAGGCGCUGAAAGAAUAUUUCCAGAAGUACGGGGAAGUGAAGGAAGUGGUGGUGAUGCGAGAAAGGACGACGGGAAAUUUGAGGGGCUUUGGUUUUAUUGAGUUCUUUGAUCCAGAAGCUGCGGAGAGGGCCAUCAACGAAGGGCAGCAUCUCAUUCGAAACAGAUCGGUAGAAGUGAAGAGAGCCAGACCAAGACCUGAAGAGCGGAGGAAUUACCAGUCACCUCAUCACCCAUAUCCAGAUCAGAGCACUCAAAUAAUUAGAAAACUAGGUAGGAGUGGCACUAACAAUAGCAUUAAUGAUGAGAGUCAAUUGGCAUCAAGGAAAAUUUUUGUAGGUGGUUUGUCAGCUAAUGUCACUGAAGUUGAGUUUAGAAGCUAUUUUGAGAAAUUCGGUUGCAUUACUGAUGUAGUGAUCAUGUAUGAUAGUGCAACUCAUCGCCCAAGAGGUUUUGGUUUUAUUACCUUUGAUACAGAGGAGGCUGUGGAGAAUGUGAUGCAGAAGAGUUUCCAUGAGUUGAAUAAAAAAGUUGUAGAGGUUAAAAGAGCAGUUCCUAAGGAUGGAAACCACCACAGUAAUGACAACUAUCUUAGUGGCCAUAUUAAUUCUAGAGCAAGUGGAGGAAGAGGGACAUAUAGUAAUUACCAGCAUGUAAUAUACCCACCCUAUGACCCUAGAUAUGGGUAUUUUUAUGGUUAUGCACCACCACCUGUUCCUAGUUUUGCGUUUGGACCGCUGGCUUAUGGAGGAGGUUAUACUUAUGCUGGAUAUGGUGGAAUUGGCUAUAAUGCUCCAUAUGCUAGUCCAAGGGGUACUUGGAGCGGGCAAGGUGCGAUGGCUGCAAGACGGAGUCCAGUUUCCUAUCCCAAUGGUGCUUUCUAUCCUGGAUAUGUCAAUACAGGGCCUGGUGGCUAUAUUGGCAUGACUGCUGGAGGGUACCAUGGGGCUGUAUGGUCUGUCAAUGGCAAGUUCAAUCAAACUGGUUCUGAUCUGCAGUUGUCAGAAUUUGAAAGUAUAAAACCUUCUGAGUUUGACAAUGUUAAGAUUGAUGAUUCUCAGUAAUCUCUUGCUUGGUAAGCUGAUAGGGCGCUGAUGAUUCUACUUCUGAUGAAGAUCGCAACAAAAUCUCUUACUUCGCUGCACCAAAAGAAAAAAGAAAAAAAAAAGGAAAAGAAAAUCACAAUAUUGUGAGGAAGCCCACUAUAAAGGUUUGUUUCCUCAAUUUAAUGUAUGGAUAGGUGCUAGAUGGGCGUCUAUUAACUCAGACUGCAUUCUUUUCCUCUUUUUAACAAGUGAUUAUUUUACUGUCUCAGAAAAUGAAUUUGGUUGUUUGAAGUUAGCAGAUUUUUUUUUUU